ACUGCUCAUCCUGCAGGAGAAGCCAGGUUUUCAGAAGGUCAAAGAUCUCAGAGAUUCUCAAAGAUGCAAGUUGUCUAUGUGAUACUGCUCCUUUUCAGUGUGACCUGGGCAGCUACACAGGAAGAAAAAAGCAAAGACAAUAUUGCCCUUCACCGUUUUGACAAGAGAAGAAACCAAAAGCCACCAUCUCUUGAAAACAUUGUCUGGGGAAGUGAGAAAGUUUUGUCCCUUCUUGAAGCCAAUGAGAAUAACCAAAGUAGUAAAUCUCCACAUCUCUCAGCAAAUAGACAAACUCUGAAGGAUGAGUAUAGAGUCAUUCAGAACAAGAAGGCCCACAAGGAUCUAAUGGUCCUCACAUAUCCUGAAUCCACUGGCCCCAGAAGGGCCAAGGAUGGAGACAAUGAUACCAGGAGGCUACAUGACCAAGAAGAAUACGGUGCAGCCCUCAUCAGAAACAAGGUGCACCAUGUAAUGACAGUGACAGAAUGGCGGGGGGAAGAAAACAAAGAGACCAAUCCUAGAAAUAUUCUAACCAAAAUUCCAGUAGAUGUCAACCAUGCUAAAGCCCUCUCCAAAUGUAAGAGUCAUCAACCGGGUGUACCAGCCCAGAAUAGCCCAGUAAAAAACAAAAGCAUCCGGCAUAUUCGACGCAGCACUCACUACCUACCACAGCUCUCCAAAGUGCGAAGAGUCCCCAGUGAUUUUGAAGGCAGUGGUUAUGGUUAUGCAGAUCUCCAAGGGAGAGGGGACAAGGACAUCUCUCCUUUCAGUGGGGAUGGCCAACCUUUUGAGGACAUCUCUGGCAAAGAAGAAGCUUUUGGUCUCGACCUAGAAAGCACAGAUAGACAAACAGGGCUCUUUGGUCCAGGUGAAGCUGAGACUGUGAACACUGACACAAGGGGCCUGGGUCCUAAUGAGAUCCCGGAGGGAAAGGAAGGUGGUGGUGAUACCCUUUCAGCCAGGGCUGGGACCUCGAAAGAGGCAGGAGAGGCUGCUGUGAGUCUGGUAGAGGGCAGCAGUGACAUCACUGGCAGUACCAGCUUCAGGGAGCUCCCUGGGAAGGAAGGAAGCAGAGUGGACACCGGCAGCCAGAAUGCUCACCAAGGGAAAAUAGAGCUUCAUUACCCAAAUGCCCUCUCCAAAGGGCAAAGCGAAGGGGGCAGUGCUGUUGUCACUGAAAGUGCCACUCACAAUGAAAUUCCUAAGCACGGCAAAGGUGGCACUAGAAAAGCUACGGAGCUGUCUGGUAGGAACCAAGAGGCCUUAAGUGAAAAACACAGAUUUUCUAGUAAGGGCAAAAGCCAGGGCCUGAUUAUUCCUUCUCAUGGUCUUGAUAAUGAAAUUAAAAAUGAAAUUGGUUCCCACUGUGGCCCCCACAAUGAGGAGAAUAUGAUAACACACAGCAGGAAGAAUUCUUAUGUACCCCAUGGGCAAAAUGACUCGGUACGGAGUAAGGGUGGGUCACAAAGGCAAGGCCCUUGGGGUUACAGAAGACAUCCUUCUAAUAAGGGAUUUAGCACCCGGAAAAGGGCCAGUAGCAGUGAGUCCUCUGACAGCAGCAGUUCAAGUGAGAGUGGCGGGCACUAGUCCUGUGGCUCUACCCAUCGCUUUCCACUGGGCAGCAGAGGACAGGGUCCGACAGCUGACUGGGAGGGAGGAUGGGUUGAGCAAGCCUAGAGCCCUGCCCUCCUGGUGUGUGUGGGGGGCACCAUGUUAAGGAUCAAAGUACAAAUUCUAGUCAGGGUCAUAAUGCUUUUUCAAAAAUCACUCAUUGAGGAUGUGUGUA